AUGGCUUCUUCCCCGGCGGACGCAAGCCGGAGGCGGCGGGAGAAGCGGCGGCAACUGGAUGCCCGCCGCAGCAAGUGUCGUAUACGCCUGGGCGGCCACAUGGAGCAGUGGUGCCUCCUGAAGGAGCGACUGGGUUUCUCCCUGCACUCGCAGCUCGCCAAGUUCCUGUUGGACCGGUACAUUUCUUCAAGCUGUAUACUCUGUGCAGGCCCUGAGCCUUCACCUCCCAAGGGUCUGCAGUACCUUGUACUCCUGUGUCAUGCUCACAGCCAAGAGUGUAGCCUGGUGCCUGGGCUUCGAGAGCCUGGGGGCCGUGAUGGGGGACUUGUGUGGGAGUGUUCGGCAGGCCAUACCUUCUCCUGGGACCCCUCUUUGGGCUCCACACCUCCAGAGGCACCCAAGCCAAUCCCCCUUCGACGGUCUGCCCGGAGAAGCUGGUGCUCAGAGACCAAGAGUGGACAGAAGCCUGCAGGUUUAGAAUCUGAGGAUGGUGAGAAGACUCAGGAAUCCAGGUUGCCCAGUGGUGUAGGACAACCAUCAGAGACUUCCCUGCCCCCAAGAGAGGAAGAUAGGGUGGAAGAAGAGGAAGAGGAGGAUGAAGAGGAGAUGCUCAGUGAUGCGAGCCCAUGGACCUACAGUUCCUCCCCAGAUGACAGUGAGCCAGAUAUUCCCAGCUCCCCCAAACCACCUCCUGCCUCUCUCACCCCUUCCUUUAAAGAGGAGGAGAAACCACCUGCCCCCUCAGAUCUCUCCACUCCUCUGGCUACACCAUCCUCUUCAGUAUCCUGUUUGGGUUCUGGACUUCCUUUGACUGCAGAAAUCAGAACACAGCCAGAGCUUAGUGAGACCCCUCAGGCAGCCCAGGAUACUGAGCUCCCAGCCAGCCCUGGAAGUCAAGCCCAGUCUGCCCCAACCCCAGCCUGUGAUGAAGACACUGCACAGAUUGGCCCCAAGAGAAUCAGGAAAGCUGCCAAAAGAGAACUUCUGCCUUGUGACUUCCCUGGCUGUGGAAAGAUCUUCUCUAACCGGCAGUAUUUGAAUCACCACAAGAAGUACCAGCACAUCCACCAGAAGUCCUUCUCCUGCCCAGAGCCAGCCUGUGGGAAGUCUUUCAACUUUAAGAAACACCUGAAGGAGCAUGUGAAAUUGCAUAGUGACACCCGGGACUACAUCUGUGAAUUCUGCGCUCGGUCAUUCCGCACCAGCAGCAACCUUGUCAUCCACCGACGGAUCCACACUGGAGAGAAACCCCUGCAGUGUGAGAUCUGUGGGUUCACCUGCCGCCAGAAGGCCUCUCUGAAUUGGCACCGGCGCAAGCAUGCUGAGACAGCAGCUGCCUUGCUCUUCCCCUGUGAGUUCUGUGGCAAGCGCUUUGAAAAGCCAGACAGUGUUGCAGCCCACCGCAGCAAAAGCCACCCAGCCCCACUCCUGGGCCCACAGGAGUCACCUGGCCCCUUGGAGCCCUAUCCCAGCAUUUCUGUCUCAGGGGCCCUGGGGUCCACUGAGGCCCCAGGGGCCAUGCUGCUAGGGGCUCGUUCCUCUCCGUCUCCUCAGGUUCCAGUCCUACUCCCUCAGAAAUGA